AUGGAUGCCCUCUCGGCAGGCUCCUCCUUCCGCGUUUCCUCCAGGCGCGCUCCUCGCCGGCGCACGCUCUCCGGCGUCCUGGCUGCCCCGGCCGCGGUCGCGGUGGUCCGAGCGGUGGCCUGGCUGCUGCUCUGGGUGGCAGCCGAGCUCGCCUGCAAGUCCUCCGCGGCCCUCGCUGCCGCCCACACCGAUGCGGGCAUAAAGGCCAGUUGUUCUGAAAUUAUUUUGCGGCAAGAAAUUUUGAAAGAUGGUUUCCACAGAGACCUUUUAAUAAAAGUGAAAUUUGGAGAAAGCAUUGAGGACUUACAGACCUGCCGACUCUUAAUUAAACAGUACAUCCCAGCAGGACUUUUCGUGGAUCCAUAUGAGUUGGCUUCAUUACGAGAGAGAAACAUAACAGAGGCAGUCAUGGUUUCAGAAAAUUUUAAUAUAGAAGCUCCAAACUACUUGUCCAAGGAAUCUGAAGUUCUCAUUUAUGCCAGACAAGAUUCACAGUGCAUUGAUUGUUUCCAAGCUUUUUUGCCUGUGCACUACCGCUAUCAUCGGCCACAUAGUAAAGAUGGAGAAACCUUUAUUGUGGUCAGUAACCCGGAUUUACUGAUGUAUUGUGACCAAGAGUUUCCAAUUUUGAAGUGCUGGGCUCAGUCAAAAGUGGCAGCUCCUUGUACUUUGAAGAAUAAGGAUAUUUGCCAAUGGAACAAUAUGAAAUAUAAAUCAGUGUAUAAGAAUGUGACUCUACAGGUUCCAGUGGGACUGACUAUACAUACCACUUUAGUAUGUUCUGUAACUCUACUUAUUACCAUCCUGUGUUCUACUUUGAUUCUUGUGGCUGUUUUCAAAUAUGGCCAUUUCCCCCUAUAAGUUUUCUGCAAUUAAAUGCUUUCCAUAAACCUAAAUAAGACCUAAUCGUUUGUGAUUAGAA